GGAUUGCGGCACAGGUGCUUUACCCCGAGAUCCGUCCCCAAGAGGCCCUGCGAAUCCACCCGAAAGACCACGUCCAGGAACUCCAUGUUGGUCCGACCCACCUUGAAAAUCCACAGCAGCACAGCCUGCAAAGAUGCCAAGUCCAAGAGUCACCAGAGCAGCCAACACCAGCAAUCCUAAUGUCAGCGGAAGGAUUGAGUUUAUGUCCCUACUGACUAACAAGACCAGUGUUUCAGAUCAAACAUUAACAAGGCAUCGGACAUCAGACAGUCCUGUCCACCGCAAAGACUCCAACUCCUCUUCUUCUCAGCAGCAGCUUCCAGAAGAAGACUGCAUGAAAUUAAACCCAUCUUUUCUUGGAAUUGCACUAAGGUCAUUAUUGGCUGUAGAUUUAUGGUUGUCCAAAAAGAUGGGAGUUUGUGCAAGAGACGGAUCUUCAUGGGGCAGUGCACGUCCUAUGAUGAAGUUGGUGGAGAUUUCUGGUCAUGGCAUUCCUUGGAUUGCUGGUACAAUAUAUUGCUUGUACAGAAGUGACAGCUCAGCUGGCCGGGAGGUCAUACUGAAUCUGCUUUUCGCUCUUCUUUUGGAUAUCAUUCUUGUGGGAAUUGUGAAGGGAAUAGUGAAGCGUCGUAGACCUACCCAGAAUCGCAUGGACAUGUUUGCUACAUUCUCUGUGGACAAGUAUUCCUUCCCAUCAGGUCAUGCUACACGAGCUGCAAUGGUUUCUCGUUUUAUGCUUAAUCACCUUGUACUAGCUGUUCCAGUUAGGAUCCUUGUGAUGCUUUGGGCUAUAGUGGUUAGUUUGUCCAGAGUCAUGCUGGGUAGACACAAUGUAACAGAUGUGUUAUUUGGCUUCUUUAUGGGGCACAUGCAGUAUAGUUUGGUUGAAUACUUCUGGUUGUCCCCAAAUACUUUACCUGCCCUGUUUACGAUUUAAAGUAUUGACAGAAAGUCGUCAUUUUGAAGGCAUCCUUUUAGUCUUGUUAUAAUUUAAAAUGGAUAUGAUUAGAUUUCCCACAACAUCUUGGAGCUUUUUAUACAUGGACCUCCGACUAUAACUUCGAGGGGUCAGCUACAUUCAGAACCAAAGUAAAAUAAUGACACAAGCGGUUAUAGGAACAGAUUAGUAGACCGUGCUGUAAAAAUAAUUGCACUUCAAUCCAACAGUACGUCUUCUGCCAUGUUAGGCCUAGUAGAGAAAAAGAAAAUCCCGGGGCUUUGUUCUACAUUUUCUUCAGAUGUUGUAUUUGGGAACAUUUUUAUAUGCUGUGAAAAUCAUUGUGUUUUGAAAUGUUCAGAUUUUUUUAAUAUACAGUUUAAUAUACAUUUUUAGUUACUAUAUUAAUUCUGGAAACACAUUGCUUUAUAUUCUUUGGAUUAGUAGAACUUUUGUGAGAUUUUCAUUACACAGUGCUGUUGUAUUUGUUAUAUCUCUUACACUCAGUCUUCUUCAAAGGUCUCCAUUGAUGAACUUCUCUUUGGAGGGUACAUUUUUGGGUAAACCUAAUUCUUUUGCCAUGCAAAAAAAUACUAUGUUUAGGUUACCUCUUCUGUCUCUAGUUGAAAACUAAUGGGGCCAUUUUACAAUGACACUGCUUUACACCAGCAUUUCUUGUGCCAUGUUUUUGCCAAUCAGCCAGUUGACCUUAACAAUAAUGUGCAUAAAAUGUUACUCCUCUAGGAAGCACUGCAUAAAGACCAUUGGGGCUAGCUACUAAUAUGCAUUUUUCUGUAACUAAUGGCAAUCUAUUAAGUCAGAUCUGGGUAGGGAAAG